AUGUCAAAAAGACCGCAUUUCGAUGAUGAAGACGAUGGGGAAGACAAUUCUGAGAAACGAAUAGAAUUACAACAACCGGAAGAAAAAGUAAACAUUCAACAUGUGCAAUUUAAUAAUGAUUAUGAAAAAGAAGUCGAUGUUGGGCAAGAAGAAGAAGAAGAACCACAAGCGGUAAGUAAUUUUAGAUAUGUUCCUCUGAUAUUUGCCAUUUUACAGUCGUCGAGUGAACCACCAUUUCUUGGAGUAACUAGUGAUCUACUUCAAAAUAUCGACCCUAACAUGUCUAUGAGAGACAUUCUUGCGAAUAAUCGAAAAAGAGCUCGUCCAUUGUCAGCAGGGUUUAUUGAUUAUACACAAACUCGGUAUUAUGAUCGAUAUAAGCAACAAGAAUAUACUAGAAGAAAUGAUUAUAUGAAAUAUUGUCAUGUUUGUCGAAAGAAAACUGUUGGAAAAUUAAGAGUUUUACCAGGAGAUUUGAGAAUGCGAAAAGUUUGGAUUCUUCGAUCAAAUUUAGAUGAAGAAAGAUCAGCCGAAUUAUGGUUACGUGAAUUAGCAUGUGAAGGUUCACAUGGUGGCGAGUUUUGCGAAAUUCAUUUUCCACCCGGUUCAACACAUCUCAAAGGUAAUCAAUUAUUUCCAAUCGAUAUUCGACCUCCCGAAGGAAGACAUUCUGUUAUGGAAGAUAUACUUUUCGAGUUUGAUUCUAUAGUUUUACAAUGUGUUUUUUGUGGAAGAGAGGGAAAUUUGAAUUCAAUGUUGCCAUUUAUCAGAGUAAGAUAUAAUCCGCUUAUAUGUAUUUUCAAAAUAGUUUUGUUUUGUUAAUUUUAGAAUCGUGCAAAACGUGCAAGAUGGAUUGAUACAUUAUCAGAUGGUGAUGUCAAUUUCAAACGAAGACUUCAAGGAGCUUUGAAAGGAGGUGUAACACAAUUUCUUUGUGAUUGGCAUAUUGCGGAUAGUUCGUUCGAAAUCAAUGGAUUUGGUGAAUGGAGAAUGUUGAGAAAUGCGUUACCUGAUCCGAAUGUUAGUUUAGAGUUCAAAUUUAUAGUAUCAAGUAAUAAUACAACAAUUCUAUAGCUUACCGAAUCUGAUAAACGUGGAAAUCGUAUUUACCUUGUGGAUAAAUGUCGUGAUAAUUUAUUUUGGGAUCGACAUUUGUGGCGAGGAGUUGAUCGAUUAACUCGACUUGGAAGAGGAAUUGAAGAGCAUGAAGUUGUUGAAAUGGGAGAAGAAGUCGAUGAACAUAUUUUGAAUAUCACAAAUUCAGCAGAAUUGGAACAAUUUUUAAGUUCGAAUUUGGAUAAUGGAUUAGAGCAAAAACAUAUCAUUAGUAGGGUUUUCUAGAAUUUUCCUAGUUCUGUUUUCUGAAUCAAUAAUAUUUUUUCAGUGUCAAAAUCAAUGCAUCACGAAGGAGGAAGUAAACUAGAAAAUGAAUUAGCAAAUAUUCGAGGAGUAAGUUCGAAUUUUAAAAAAAUGGAAAAAUGAGUGAACGUGAAAAAAACGUGACCUAUUAUUAUUUUUCAAUAAUCAUUUUCAUAUUUUUUAGGAACGUGUCAAAAGAAUUGUGAUAAAAGACGAACCAUCGACAUCUUCACAAAAAGAUGAUAAUCAAACAUAUGAAAUCGAAUAUUCGGAUGAUUCAGACGAGGAAAAUGAUAUGAUUCUGAAAAACGGAGAAAUUCCAUAUACAGAAAGAUUAUGUCAAGUUUGCGGUAGAAUUGAACCAAUUGGAAAUGAAUUCCCAGUGAAAUCAGAUUUGAGAACAUGGCCAUUUGAUGAAUAUCGUCAUAAAAAAUGGUUAGAAAUUAUGGAUUGGCCGCAAGAAUUCGAAGAUUCAAUGAAAACAUUGUGGAGAAAACGGAAAACUGAAGGAAAUUUGAGUGGAGAUUAUCAUUUUUGUCCGAUUAAUGUUUGUCAAAACCAUUUGGAUUAUCGGGUGAGUUUUUGUGUUUUCUUUUUUUUAAACAAAACCACACUGGAAUUCAAAACAGUUCAUUUCAAUUAA